GUGUUUAGCACCGCCACCAGACUUCUCGCUUUUAUUGCCGCAGAUAAGAUAAGAGGUAACGAGGAGACUUCGGGCGUAGAUCUUGAAGCGAAACCACCAUGGCUAGCCAGUUCCUUUUAACGACAGUGAUUAUUUUAACGACAUUCGGGUGCGCAAAAAGCCAGAGCUUAUGGUGUUAUCAGUGCAACACCAAUCUGACGGAUGGCCACACGACAGCGUGCAACGAUCCUUAUAUUCCGGCACCUUACUAUGAUUUAGUCCUUUGUCCACUAAAUGAACCUCAUCAUUGUCUCAAAAGCAUCAUUAUCGAUAGGGACGUGCUGGUGACGGUACGAGGUUGCGUGCCGUCACGCGAAAUCGAUGGAUACUGCCGCCAUUUACCAAACUCCAGCAUCACGUGUUCCUUUUGCAACGAGUACGCUUGCAAUGGCCAAGGAUCGAUCUAUUUAUUCGCCUUACACCGUUUGGGACUGUUAUUGCCUCUCAUCUGCAUCGCCGUCAAAUUUUCGUAAUCGAAAGCGUUUUCUGUUGGCAUAAGAUUUGUAACGUAAAUAAAUUCGCAAAACAUAAUAUCGAGAAUCUAGUUAUUACCCGAUACUAGACCGCAGAUUUUUAUGCGUUUAUGCUGUCUGCAAAUUUAUGACCUGUAAAAUAGCAUUUACAUGAUCAAGAAAUAAAUUGGUUCAGUUCUUUGAA